AUGGGCAUCAAAGGACUUCACGGGCUUCUCAAGUCCAUUCAGAAGCCAUGUCACAUCAAGAAGUUCAGUGGGCAAACCCUUGGAGUCGAUGCAUAUGGAUGGCUGCACCGUGGUACCGUUGCUUGUUCCGUGGAUCUGGUCCUGGACAAUCCAACUAGGAAGCAUCUCGAUUUCGUCCUCAACCGAGUACGCAUGCUUCUCUUUUUUGGAGUAAAACCCUACCUUGUUUUCGAUGGUGACAACCUGCCCAGCAAGUCAGGUACUGAACAGGACCGGCACCGACGGCGUCAGGAAAGCAAGGCUCUGGGACUCGAAUUACAACGGAAGGGGAGGAUGCCCGAGGCAUACCAAGAAUUUCAAAAAGCCGUCGAUGUGACGCCCUACAUGGCCCGUCAAUUGAUUGAAGAACUGAAGCAAAUGAACGUGGAAUAUGUGGUGGCACCGUAUGAGGCAGAUGCACAGUUGGUGUAUCUCGAGCAGCAGGGCGUUAUCCACGGCAUAAUAUCAGAGGACUCCGAUUUGCUUGUCUUUGGAGCGAGGCGAUUGCUUUCCAAAUUAGACCAGCAUGGAGAAUGCAUCGAGAUUAACCGCGCUGACUUCACUGCUUGUCGUGAGGUCAGCCUAGUUGGCUGGAGUGAUGCAGAUUUCAGACGGAUGUGCAUUUUGAGUGGUUGUGAUUAUUUGGCAAAUAUUCCAAAGAUGGGACUGAAGACUGCAUACAGAGUCAUUCGCAAGCACAAGACUGUUGAGAAAGCUUUGCGCAUGCUCCAAUUUGAGGGUCAAUUCCGGGUCCCAGCCGACUACCAGGCCAACUUCAACCAGGCUGAGCUGACCUUCCUUUAUCAGCGGGUCUUCUGCCACAAAGCUGAAAAGUUGGUGACUUUGACAUUGCCAGAGGAAGGUACAAAUUUGGAUGAGCUGCCAUACAUUGGUGGUGAUAUGGAACCUGAAAUUGCUGUUGGUGUCUCUCGGGGUGACUUGGAUCCGACUACCAAAGAACCCAUUUGCAUAAAGCCAUUAUCUGCUAAUAAAUGGUCUCUUGGCAUCAAUCGUCGUCAGACAUUGGGGACUUCCUCUGAGUUAAAGGCAAGAAAGCCUAUCAAUUCGUUCUUUACCCCGAAACGGACCCCUUUGGCCGAACUGGACCCCAACAGUUUGACUCCAUCCCCCAGCCAGCAGCGACUGUUGGACCGCAAUUCCAACAACUCUUGGCAUGCCAGCCCUGCGCCCUCACAUUCGAACUCUGUUCGAUCCACUCCUUUGCGGGCAUUCUCCGAUCAAAGUCUUAGCCCUAUGGUCCGAAGUGUUGAGCGGUCUUCUUUCCUGGCGCAAAGUGCAAGGUCAUCAACUUUGCAACCGACAAAGCGACAAAGACUAUGCUCCGAAACCGAGGGGGAUUCCUUGCCCGCAUGUCCAACUGCGCGCAGCCGGUUCUUUGCCUCCAGCACUGAACAAACCAGCCCUAGUGGACAAAAACUAUUUAGACCUAAAAAGCCUCGGAAAUCCGUGAUGGAUGUGUUCUCUGACGAUGUCGCUGAAGACAUCAUGUCCAGCAUUCCUGACCCGAGUGCCACACCCAGGCUGGGUGAUUCCCAACCUGAGAGCAAUACCGAAACAACUGUCAAACAGAGUGAAGUCGACAACCCUACCUCCCAAUCUACAGACAGUGGGGCAUCGACAAGCACAGAUAUGGAGAAACCCCACAAUUCGCCGGGAGGUGACCCCACUAACUCCCUCAGUUUCAAUGAGGCUCUUGAGUAUCAUAUUGACCGUGAGAACUCUGCUUUCCUGUCCAAGUUCACCUUUAAGUCUGAACCAACGUUGGAGGCUGCGAAACCUCGCUCUCCCAUGACUAAGAUCCCCGUGGCUACGUCUCACCGACCCGCACUACUGUCGACGCCGAAGACACCCGGCAGCAUUUCUCGCGGACAUACGGCUCAGCGGCGCCUGACGCCUCUCCAGCGCAUGGGACAUGCGGCUCUUGCUCGUUCUAAUUCUAUCAACCUCCCUACCAAGCAUCGGGAUGCUGCCUCUCUGGAAUCUUGGGCCGCACAACUUUCUCCAGCCUCUAAAGAGUCCUCUUUUACGGAAACCAUCGGUUCCCAAGGCAGCGAGGACCAGAUCGUUCCCGACAGUGACGAUGAGGAGGAAGAGCCCAAUAUUGGACUCUCUACCGCUCCUUUGGAUCUCAAGCGCUUUUCUUUUACAGCAAAUUAG